GGGGUAAUCAUAUAAUUGAGGUUAUGUCAAUGUCUAUAUUUGUUUAGAAAUUUAUGAAUUUGUUUAAAUAUGAAUCGCGUUAAAUAUACUACCCCCGUGUUGCUGGAUAGUGAAUCCACUAUAGUUGUGGAAAAUAAUAUUAGAUUAUAUGACGGUGAUCAAAAAACUUCAUUCGAAGGGGGUGAAUUAAUUAUUACGACACAUAGGAUAUUAUGGGGUAGACCAGGAGCGAUAGCUAGGGGACAAACAUGUUUGUCUAUUAAUCUUGAUCUAGUAGUAUUUGUGGAAGAAGAAUCGCCUAGCGCUUUUAGCUUUAGUAGAUCACGAAAGGUGAUAUUACAUUUGUCAGAAACUCAAGAAAUAGUAGAAGGCCCUCAAUCUAGCAGUUAUUAUAAUUUUAUUAAAUUAUCAUUUCGAGAAGGUUACGCAAACAAUGUUGUUGGAAUUUUAAAUGAUCUUUUACAAAAAAAACUUUGGGAGCCUUUGACUCCAGAAAUGCCUACAGCAUUACCUCAACUGCCUUCUAUUAAACUGCGCACCGGUAUUGUUGGUAUUGAAAGGAGUUUACAAGAAAAACAGAAGGCGACUGAUGAGAGUAUAACAGUAGCAUUCCAGGAUCUUAGUAAACUUAUGACCAUGGCAAAGGAUAUGGUGAGGCUGUCUCGGACUAUAUCUACAAAAAUCAAAGAAAAGCAAGGAGAUAUAACCGAGGAUGAAACCGUAAGGUUCAAAUCUUACUUAAUGAGUCUAGGUAUUGACGAUCCAGUGACAAGGGAUUCUUACAAAUCGGAUAAUCAGUAUUAUAGAAGUCUAGCGAAGCAAAUUUCUGAUUUCCUCCUAAGCCACGUGGAAGAAAUGGGUGGAAUGAUGGCGCUGACUGACGUUUUUUGUCGUGUAAAUAGAGCUAGAAGUUUGGAGUUGUUAUCGCCUGAAGAUAUACUCAAUGCGUGUCGAGUUAUGGAGUCUUUGGGUCUACCUCUGAAACUUUAUGAAUUUAGUUCGGGUGUUAAGGUGCUGGAGUUAAGUACUUUAGACAACGAAAGUGUAGCGGAAUCCACAGCUAUUUUGAUUGAAGAUCAGAAUUCAUUGUCUGCUGAAGAAUUAUCGCAACAACUUGGCAUUUCUGUUACACUUGCUAAAGAAAGGUUGUUAACGGCUGAAAAAUAUGGAAAGUGUUGCCGGGAUGAUUCUAUAGAAGGCCUUAGGUUUUACCCCAAUUUAUUUUUAACCAAAGAGGAAUAAUAAAAUUAUAAUUUGUGAGAUGCUGCUGUUGAGCUGUCUUAUUAAAAUUUUGCGGACUGGAUAAUAGAUUCAUACUUUUAUAUGUAAAUUAUCAUGUAAGUAGUAAUUUAUUUAUUGAAGCUGAGUUUUUUAAUUUCCAAUUCAUUGGUGCUAGAACACUUGAACCGUUGCUAGAAGGACUUAUUUGAAAAAUAAAUUUUUCUAACACAG